AGGGUUUCGCUUGAUAAAUUGCCGUCUCCCUCACAGUUCUUUUAGUUUCCCCUCGCCGCUCUCGUGUGAUUUACACUGCAGAAACCUAUCUCGGCGAUUAGGUCCCGGAGAAGAAGAAGAAGAAAAGAAACAGUAUGGCGACUGACUUAACUGCUAGCUCUGGACAGCUUUCCCAGAAGGAAGCUGACAUCAGGAUGAUGUGUGCUGCUGAGGUUCACCUUGGAACCAAAAAUUGCAAUUACCAAAUGGAGCGUUACGUCUUCAAGAGACGCAACGAUGGUAUUUACAUAUUCAACCUCGGCAAAACAUGGGAAAAGCUGCAGAUGGCUGCUAGAGUUAUUGUUGCUAUUGAGAACCCACAGGACAUCAUUGUCCAGUCUGCUAGGCCCUAUGGUCAGAGAGCUGUCCUGAAGUUCGCUCAGUACACAGGAGCCAAUGCCAUUGCUGGAAGGCACACUCCUGGUACCUUCACUAAUCAGAUGCAGACCUCAUUCAGUGAGCCCAGGCUUCUGAUUCUUACAGAUCCCCGUACCGACCACCAGCCCAUCAAGGAAGGUGCUUUGGGAAACAUCCCCAUCAUUGCUUUCUGUGACACAGACUCUCCUAUGAGGUUUGUUGACAUUGGUAUCCCAGCCAACAACAAGGGAAAGCACAGCAUUGGUUGUCUUUUCUGGCUUCUUGCUCGCAUGGUCCUUCAGAUGCGUGGAACCAUCCGCCCUGCACAGAAAUGGGAUGUCAUGGUGGAUCUGUUCUUCUACAGAGAGCCAGAGGAGGCUAAGCCAGAGGAUGAGGAUGAGUCUGCACCUCAGGCAGACUUUGGGCUACCUGCUCCUGAAUAUGGAAUGGUUGGUGGAGAGCAAUGGACCACUGCUGCGAUCCCUGAUGCUGCAUGGCCAGGGGAAGCCCAGCAGCCAAUCGCUGCUGCUCCUGCCGCUGCUUCUUGGACCGAUUCAAGCGUUGCUCCAGCAGCAGAUGGAUGGGAUACGGCUGUGCCACCCCCAACUGCUCCAGCUACCGGUUGGGAGUAAAGUUGAUAGGCUUUACAAUCCUGGUUAUAGACAUGGUUUUUUUGUUACUUUUUGGAUUGAAGAGUUAUCGAACCGCAACUUUUUUCCUUCUCGCUUAUCUCUCUCAAGACAAUUAGAUUAAUAUUCUGUUUCGCACUUUUUUUUUGGGUUUUGAAUGGAAUUUCUACUAUAAUUAUCUCAUUCGCUUCAGCCUUCAAGUAUCACAAAUAUAAAUUGAG